UUUGCUGGGUUCUAUCUUUCGAAAGAAAUUUAUAUUGACGUGAAGCAGAUGAAAAUUGCAGGGCAAUGUCCCUGGUUGAUCGCACUGAAAUUGGAAAUGGAAUAGGAAAUGUGUCGGCUGCGAGUCGUUAAGCUGCUGCCUUUCCGGUGUAACUACGGAACUACGGACAUUAUUGAGUUAACUCUUCUUGCAGAGGACUUCUCCUACAACACUUGGUGAGCCAAGAAAGAAGAUUGAGUACGAAUGCAUCUCGGACCAUGGCAGCUAUGUCACUGGGAUUUAUAGUAUUGGUAACACCGUGGACAAUACAAGAAGUCGUAGCAGCAUGUACGGGGUCUCGAGCACCGGCAGGAUUAGAUUUCCUUGCCACGUGGCUGGCUUUAAGUAACAGUUUUUGGAAUCCAUUCCUGUACUGGCUUUUAAAUAAUCAAUUCAGGCGAAUCAGUAGAGAUCUUCUUUUCAGUAGGUUUUUCUGCAGAAAGUCGGACUCGCAAAAGCAUCAACAGCAGCACCAGCAGCAGCAUAGCUGCAGCAACAGCAGUUCCGGCCAACUAGGUCAUGCGCCCGGCUGUGAUUUGGAAAGAUUGUCCGAGAAGUAUUGGGGCGAAAUCCUCGAGAGGACCCUAUCUUCGAGCUCAUUGCAUGCACUUCAGAGAGCGUACACAACAACCCACAUGUCUUCCAGAUGCAACGGUGGACCCCAGGAGAUGAGGAUCAUGGACACGGCUGUUCCAGAUUUAUGAAAAUCGGAUAAAACCACACAAACGACAUACCAUGAUACCGUUUGUGUGUUGGAAAGUAUGGGAAGUUCCGCGGAGACUGCCAUUGUGACUAAGUGAGAGAGUGUCUUGUACUUUAUGCACGUGAUUCGGAACACCUAUGGGGUCACCAAAGACCUUUGAGGUUAUUGAUAUUUCCAUUCGUUUAUUAUAAGUGACAAUAAUAAUCUGUAACAAUUCACGCAAUAAUGAAGCAAUAAGUCGUUCAUUAAUUACACAUUAUAGUAAUUAAUGCUGCAUUUGGAAGUGAAUGUGAGCAGAGCAGUUGCCUAAGUGGUCUAUUAAACACUCGUGUACAUACAAAAUAAAUAAACAAAUAAAAUUCCAAUUAACGUAAUAAGAGACAAUACUGUAAAUGUUAUUACUGAUUAGAUUUCAGUGUACAAUUAGAAUGUCUGAAAUCAUACAUAAUUGUAUUCCUAAUUGGACAUGGAGAAAGCUACAGCUCUAAGUGGGUGGUCAAAGUACAUCCAAUAUCCUUUCUCCAAUCAAUUGUCCAUACAUUUAAUAUUAGCGAAACGUUACUUAGAGAAUAAUGAAACCAAAUGAAAUCAAUUGAAUCACGCACCGAUUAGGAGUUUAAGAUUCGUAUAAAAUAACGUGUAAUCCAAACAAUGUAAUUAGCGGUUAGAUAUUUGUACCAAAUUUAUAUUUCAUCAUUAUGUUAAUUUUUAAAAUCAAUAAAUAAUUCAUCGGAUUGAAAUACGUAAUACCAUAUGUUAUAGCCUUAAAAUGUAUUCAUUAUAAAUGCUAAACUAUUCAAGGUUUCAUAAUGUUAAAGAAAUAAUUUCAAAACUACCGUCGAUGUACUUCAUUCAGUUGUAAUCCUCUGGUGCUCUUAUAAAUACAUGUCGAUGGAUUCAUUUCCAAAAUUUAUAUUUAUAACACAGUCGUUUCAAUAAUCAAAUUUCAUAUGUAGUUAACAAAUUUUACAACAAACCAAUCAAGCAAGUUAAUUUGU